GAGAAAUGUGAAAGAGAACAGCACAAAUUAAAGCUCCCAGCAACUGGAGAAUCCUUUAGAAAUUCAGAUAAAAGAAGAGGUAGCAUCAUCAUAGGUAGCAGUACUGUAAGGAUACACAAGUAGUGAUCAACACAAACUUCAGAAUAGUGCUUGCCUCUGAGGGGAGAUGGAAAGAAUUGGGAGGGGCACGUGAGGUCUUUAAAAGUUAUAAUUAUAUUGUUUUUCUUAAACCACAUGUUGGGUACACAGUUUUCAUUGCACCAUUUUUUUAGACUCUACAUUUGUCUCUUAUAAAUUCCCCUUUGUACCUACCUACUCAAUAUUCAAUUUAAAAAAAUAGAAAAAGAUAGUGUGAGUCAGUGGACAAAUGGUAUUUGAUAUACAGAAAUUAGCUUCAUUUUUAAGGAAGGUAGCCACUCUUGAAAGCUAGUUGCACUUUAAUUUAAAAAAAAGUAACCAUUUUGCUCUGACAGUGUCUCCCAGUGACAUAACAGUUAGUUUUUCAAGAAGAAUUAUGUGUGGGGAGGGCAUGCUUUCCCACAAUUUUCCCAGGGUCUUUGGGCAUUUCGGCUGCCUUGCCCCUCCUCUCUCCUUUCUGACAGUGAAUUUCCAGCUUCUGGGAGGAGAAAGAACAGUGGCACGGAUAUUUGGAAAUUUGAAGUUAAGUGCUUGAACCGUAGCCACAGAUUUAUGGAUUGUUACCCAAAGACUUCUUAUCUUUUGGCUUUCCUUGGUGUUGGACCUGACAGAAAAUGCAGUGAACAGCUGAUAGUAGUAGAACUCUGAAUGUGGAUUCCACUGCAAUGACGCUACCUAUGUCUGAUCCAACUGCAUGGGCCACAGCAAUGAAUAAUCUUGGAAUGGCACCACUGGGAAUCGCUGGACAACCAAUUUUGCCUGACUUUGAUCCUGCUCUUGGAAUGAUGACUGGAAUUCCACCAAUCACUCCAAUGAUGCCUGGCUUGGGAAUAGUACCUCCUCCAAUUCCACCAGAUAUGCCAGUAGUAAAAGAGAUCAUACACUGUAAAAGCUGCACACUUUUCCCUCCAAAUCCAAAUCUUCCACCUCCUGCAACUCGAGAACGCCCACCGGGAUGCAAAACAGUAUUUGUGGGUGGCCUGCCUGAAAAUGGGACUGAGCAAAUCAUCGUGGAAGUGUUCGAACAGUGUGGAGAGAUCAUUGCUAUUCGGAAGAGCAAAAAGAACUUUUGUCACAUUCGCUUUGCUGAGGAGUACAUGGUGGACAAAGCCCUCUAUCUCUCUGGUUACCGCAUUCGCCUGGGAUCUAGCACUGACAAGAAGGACACAGGCCGGCUCCACGUUGAUUUUGCACAGGCUCGAGAUGACCUGUAUGAGUGGGAAUGCAAACAGCGCAUGCUAGCAAGGGAGGAGCGCCACCGUAGAAGGAUGGAAGAAGAAAGAUUGCGCCCACCAUCCCCACCCCCAGUGGUCCACUAUUCAGAUCACGAAUGCAGCAUUGUUGCUGAAAAACUAAAAGAUGAUUCCAAAUUCUCAGAGGCUGUACAGACCUUGCUCACCUGGAUUGAACGAGGAGAAGUGAACCGCCGCAGUGCCAACAACUUCUACUCUAUGAUCCAGUCAGCCAACAGCCAUGUUCGCCGCCUAGUGAAUGAGAAAGCUGCCCAUGAGAAAGACAUGGAAGAAGCGAAGGAGAAAUUUAAACAGGCCCUUUCUGGAAUUCUCAUUCAAUUUGAACAGAUAGUAGCUGUGUACCAUUCUGCCUCCAAACAAAAGGCAUGGGACCAUUUCACAAAAGCCCAGCGUAAAAACAUCAGCGUUUGGUGCAAACAAGCUGAGGAAAUUCGCAACAUACAUAAUGACGAGUUAAUGGGAAUCAGAAGAGAAGAAGAAAUGGAGAUGUCUGAUGAUGAAAUAGAAGAAACAACAGAAACAAAAGAAACUGAGGAAUCAGCCUUAGUGUCACAGGCAGAAGCUUUGAAGGAAGAAAAUGACAGCCUCCGUUGGCAGCUCGAUGCCUAUCGGAAUGAGGUAGAACUGCUGAAGCAAGAGCAGGGCAAAGCCCACAGAGAAGACGACCCAAACAAGGAGCAGCAGCUGAAACUCCUGCAGCAAGCCCUGCAAGGAAUGCAACAGCAUCUACUCAAAGUCCAAGAGGAAUACAAAAGAAAAGAAGCUGAACUUGAAAAAGUCAAAGAUGACAAGCUACAGGUGGAAAAAAUGUUGGAAAACCUUAAAGAAAAGGAAAGCUGUGCUUCUAGACUAUGUGCAUCAAACCAAGAUAGUGACUACCCUCUCGAGAAGACCCUGAACAGCAGUCCUAUCAAAUCUGAACGUGAAGCACUGCUAGUGGGGAUUAUCUCCACAUUUCUUCAUGUCCACCCAUUUGGAGCAAGCAUUGAAUACAUCUGUUCCUACUUGCACCGUCUAGAUAAUAAGAUCUGCACCAGUGACGUGGAGGGUCUCAUGAGCCGACUCCAGCACACCUUCAAGCAGGAAAUGACUGGAGUUGGAGCCAGUCUGGAGAAGAGAUGGAAAUUCUGUGGCUUUGAGGGCUUGAAAUUGACCUGAAUCCCUUUGCCUAACAACCUGGGAUCCUGCAAAUACAUGUGUGUUGGACAAGCUUAAAAAGUGAUUUGUAUUAGCAAUGGUUUUCAAGUGGAAGUUGUUUUCAGUUUGCCAGUUCAUUCCUGGAAUAUCUUUUGAGUUAAAAUAAGGAUCCUAGAGCAGCACCUCAAGCUACAGGCCCUAAAAAGAAAUGGACUCAAGCCUCAAGUGCUGUAACUUCCUCUCUUUCUGUCAAUUGGUUGUCUUUUUUUAUUAGUAGUAUUGAAAAAGGCCUGUGGCUAAAGUGUAUUUGGGGUGUUUUCAGUGUCUGUACUACUGCUGUAGAGUUUGGUAUUUUUUUAAACACUGUUGACUGAAAUGUUUUGAUGAUUUGUAUGUGAUUUGUGUUUCAAAACUCCUCCUCACAUUAUUGUUGCUACUGGUGAGGGGAAUGAGAGGUACACUAGGCACGCCAUGACUGACAUUGCCUCUCUACUCCCCAGUAAGCCAGUAAAUGAAUAACACAGCAUCUUCUAGAAGGUACCUGACCAGGCUCACCUUUUAAAAGACAAAGCAUGGUUUGUGGCUUUUUGCAAAAUUACUGUGAACCAAAAGUUGACAAAUGUUCCAAAGUUAUUUUCUCCAAUAUAUCAGAUUUAAAAAAAAAAACCUAGAUGUAUUCGUAGAAAGCAAGUGUCCAGUAUGACUGGCAUGUGUAUGUGCUAUUCAGAAUCACCUUGUAUAUAGUCUGCUUUUAAAGGAGGGCAUGUUUAGUUUUCUAUGAAUUAAAACACAUGCGUGCACAUGUGUACGUGCACGUACACACACACACACACACACACUAGCAGAAGGGAUUUAUUUUAAUAUGCUUUUGCCUCUAGCCUUCUUACAAAGUCUGUUGGUCCCUUUUCUUCUGCUGUCAGCGUGUUGAAUUGCAAACUGUGUACUACUGUAAAUAUUAUGUUUACUUCAUGCUGAAUGUUUGCAAAGAGUUGAUAUGAGUCUUAGUAGAAAACUCUUGGUAAUGAAUGAGCCCAGGUGUGUGAUGCUUCUGGCAAAUGGCUCAGCUCCAUCCACCUGGAGUGCCGAUCGCUGGGGACACCCCAGCUCUAUGAUGCCUACCGGCAGAUUGCAAUGGCAGAGCACACAUGGACUGGUCAGGAAGUCCUGCUUGAUGGAAACAAGAGGGAAAGGAUGUAGAUUUGGGGCUAGUAUUUUGAGGCAGAGAUGAUCUUUUCUUGUGUGCUGUUGUUGGUGCUUAUAAUAACACAAGCAUGCCCUCCCUUGUGUCUUGGUUCAAAGUAAAAGAAUGUACUGAGUAAGCAAAGCCAAUGAAGAGUACUUCCGGAAAAUACUUUGUAAAUGAGAUGUCAGUAGUGUUCAAAGUUGUAUUUUUAAAAGAUAAAUAUUCCUUUUU